AUGGUGGGCUGCUCACAAUAUAAGGAAGGAAAUAUGGGAAGAGAGAAUAACCCGCAAUUUAAUUUUGUUAUCGGUAUUGCUAUAGCAGUAUCAACUUCAUUUGUCCAAUCAUUAGGUUUAACAAUACAACGCAAAUCUCAUGUAUUAAACGAAAAUGUUCACCCAAAGGAACUUAGACGAUCUGCAUGUAAGCGACCAUUGUGGCAUUUAGGUUUCGAUACUUAUAUAAUUUCAAAUAUAAUUGGAAGUGUAUUUUCAAUCGGAUAUCUUCCAAUAGUUAUUUUGGCUCCCUUAGGGGCCGUGACCUUGGUCUUUAAUGCAUUAUUCGCAAAGUUACUUUUGGGUGAUGUGUUUACUAGGCAGACAAUAAUAGGGACAUUUUUUAUUCUGAUCGGAGCGGUAAUGAUUGCACUUUUCGGUGUUGUCAAUGAGCCAAAUCAUUCAUUAGAAGAUUUGAUUGAACUUUAUAAGCGACCGGCGUUUAUAACAUAUUUUUCCAUAAUUGAGUUCAUGAUUAUGAUUUUUUUAAUCACAAAUAAAUUUGGUGAAUAUGCAUUGAAUCAAAUGAUUCGAAAGGAACGUGAUAUUACGUUUGGGUGGUCGGUGAAAAACUUUCAAAAGAUUCUCGGGAUUUCAUAUGGAUGUGUUGGGGGUAUGAUAUCCGGUCAAAGUUUAUUAUUUGCCAAGAGUGGUGUAGAAUUAUUACUUUUAUCUAUUUUUAAUUGCGAAAAUCAAUUUAAUCAACCAUUUAGUUGGUUUAUCGUAAUAGCAUUGAUCGUUACCGCUUUAUUACAGCUUUAUUACCUUAAUAAGGGACUGAGGUUAUGUGACACGGUUAUUUUAGUUCCUCUUUCAUUUUGCACAUAUAAUGUUUCCACGAUAUUUAACGGACUUGUAUAUUAUAAUCAAUGGAAUCGUUUACAUUGGUGGCAAAUAUUUCUUGUCAUCUUGGGUAUAUGUAUCCUGAUAUGUGGUGUGCUUGUAUUAUCAUGGCGAAGAAGUACGGCGCCAGAAGAUGAAUUAUUAGUGGUGAAAGAUGACAGUAUGUUAUUAGAACGUGAUAUUGAAGGAUUAACCGAACUUUAUGAAGAAGAAGAAUUUAAUAGAUACGCAGAGAGCAUGGAUAUGAAUAAUUCUGAAUCAUAUCAUUACUAUUCUUUGGGAGAAAAUUCAUCCACCGCAGGGAUGUUAACAUUUGAACAGAGUGACGAUGAGAAUGAUGAAAAAUCAUCUUUGCUGGGUAAAAGAUAG